UCCCAAAUGGGGAGAGACCUCCUCUGGUGUUUCUUCGUGGUCUUAGCGGUGUUGUCACCAAAACCAACCAGUGCAGGUCGUCUAGAGCUAAGGAACGAAAUCUCUGGCGUCUCUAGCGUAAGAAAAGCGAAGCUUGCUGUGAGGUGCUGGUCAAACGAGGACGACUUGGGAUGGGACAUGUUAAAGCCUAAGGAGUCAAGGAUAUGGAAGUUCACGACGAUGAACUUGUGGCCGUUCCAGAAAACUGAGUUUAGGUGCCAGUUUCGUUGCGGGUUUGGAACCACGGACGAAGAUGUGGUGACAGUGUUCUCUGUCAAAGACGGGUUUAGGAAAGAGUGUGGUGUAGGUGGGGAUGAGUGCUUUUGGGUUGCCAAGAAAGAUGGAUUCUAUCUAAGAAAGAUCGUUAAGGGUUUUGAUGAUGAUGGUCGGAAGAACUUUGUUGAUGUCCUCGAAAGCAAAUGGGUUUGGAAAUGGUGA